AAAAAACAAUUAACCAACAUUUACAGUACAUUAAAUAAUUAAAAUUCGACCUAUUAUAAAAGCAGCAAAUGGAUUAUUUACUAUUCAGAACCUCCAAACAUGCACGGUUACCACGCGAACUUUUUCGAAACCAUCGUCCUGACUCUGAAAUUAUUUGGGAUAUGGGUUCCCAACAAUUUAUCAAAUUUUAAAGAAAAACUGUACCAUUUUUACAUGUGUACAUUUUUGGGUAUUGCAUGGUUGUACUUCAUCUCUGAAAUAAUUAUCAUCAAAGACACCCACAAGAGUCUAUUCGAUCUGAUCUCCAACAUAGGAUUGCUGAUAACUCAUGUCGUGGGUGUCAUCAAGUUUUCUACGUUAUUUUUUAGAAGGAAGAAGAUUGAAGAAAUGAUGCAGAUUUUGCAAAGUAACCGUUUUAAAUACGAAUCCGUCGGUGACUUCAAACCGUCCGACAUGUUCAACGAAAGCAAGGAAAUAUCUUCGAAACAUACUUGGUGCUUGUUUGUUGUUUACGGACUGGUCGGCAUAUCCGCACAUUUUUCUGGCCUCAUUAACAUGGGAGGCAUAUCUUCUGAUGAAGUUAUCAAUUGUAGUGACUAUGUGGCUUAUUACAGUUACUUUCCUUUUAAUAUGGAUAGUAUUGGAAAGUGUCACAUAUUGUUUUUCUUAAUGGAUGUUCCCCUUAUUAUUUUUGCUCUUUAUAUUGCAGCUUUCGAUUCUUUGUUUGGAACACUUGCAAAUUGUCUUAAAUGUCAACUUUUGAUAGUCUGUAAAGCGUUUACUUCUAUCAGAGAAAGAGUUUUAACAAAAUUAAACCUACCACAGGAUUUUCAAAUUUUCAGAGACGAACAACACCCAAUGUUAGAACAAGCUUUGUUUGAAGAGAUGAAACGCUGUACCGUACAUUUAAGUUACUUAAUACGGUCUCUAUUAUACCAUCUAGUAAAAAACACUUAUUAUUUUUAUUUUUAUUGUAGUGUUCAUACAGGUAUAGAAGAAAUCUUCACAUAUGUCAUCCUAACGCAGUCCAUUGUGUCAUUAAUAGUAUUUGCCACAUGUUUAUACGUGGGUUCUUCAGUACCACUUAUGUCCCCAGAAUUUUUCUCUCACAUGGAAUAUUUUGUGGCAGUUUUCAUGCAAUUUACCACUUACUGUUGGUACGGCAGUGAAAUCAUUUUUGCUGGACAUAGUGUGGGUCCAUCCAUUUUCAAUUCCGACUGGACCAGCACCAGCGAAAGAUUCAAAAAGGCAAUGAUACUGAACAUUAUAAGGAUGAGAAAUGGGUUACAUUUUUCCAUUGGUAAAUUCACACCUCUGACCGUCGCAACUUUAAUAACGGUUUUACGAGGCUCCUUUUCAUACUUUGCUGUUUUCAAAAGUAUGGAAUGAGUUCUUGAGUUCAAUUUGGCUCAUUAUUUUGCACCAGGGUCAAUUUUUUUCUUACUAAUACACUCCUCUCGUCUUAUAUGUCCUUGUGUUUUUAUUAAUAACCUAAUUAUUUAUAAUAUUGAAGACAUCCUUGUGCUUGUUUGUUGUUUAUGGACUAGUCGGCGUAUCUGCACAUUUUUCUGGCCUCAUUAACAUCAUCUGAAGAAGUUAUCAAUUGUAAUAGCUAUGUGGAUUAUUACAGUUACGUUCCUUUUAAUAUGAAUAGUAUGGAAAGUGUCACAUAUUGUUUUUCUUAAUGGAUGUUCCCCUUAUUAUUUUUGCUUUUUAUAUUGAAUUUUAUAUUAAUUCCACGUCCAUACUGAACAUUAUAAGGAUGAGAAAUGGAUUACAUUUUUCUGUUGGCAAAUUUACACCUCUUACUAUCGCAACUUUAAUAACUUAAAUAAUUUAUCUCACAGAUUGAAAUCUAGAUUAAUUGCGGGACGUAUUUUAGGUUU